GGCUGCGCUGCCACAUUGGCAUUUCAUUACGUCAGUCAUUGUUGAAGUACCAUUUUGUAUGGUAGACGUCCUAAAUUUGUGUACUUUUUACUCGAUAUUUUUACGUUUUUACUGCAAUUUACCGUGGAAAAUCGUGCAAUAACGAACAAACCACCUUUCGAAAUCAAAUUAGAAGUGAAUCAACACAACACACCAUGAAUCCCGAAUACGAUUAUUUAUUUAAACUUUUACUUAUUGGCGAUUCUGGCGUGGGCAAAUCAUGUCUCUUAUUACGAUUUGCGGACGAUACUUACACUGAAAGCUAUAUUAGUACAAUAGGAGUAGAUUUUAAAAUCAGGACUAUUGACUUAGAUGGAAAGACUAUUAAGUUGCAAAUUUGGGACACAGCGGGUCAGGAACGGUUCAGAACGAUCACCUCGAGUUACUACAGGGGGGCCCACGGUAUAAUCGUCGUGUACGACUGCACAGAUCAGGACACGUUCAACAACGUCAAACAGUGGCUCGAGGAAAUCGAACGUUACGCUUGCGACAACGUUAACAAGCUGCUGGUCGGCAACAAGAGUGAUCUGACCACGAAGAAGGUGGUCGAUUUCCAAACAGCUAAAGAAUACGCCGACCAGCUGGGCAUCCCCUUCCUGGAAACCUCGGCCAAGAAUGCGACCAACGUGGAACAGGCCUUCAUGACCAUGGCGGCCGAGAUCAAGAACAGAGUGGGUCCGCCCAGCUCAGCGGCGGAUCAGGGCGGCAAAGUCAAGUUCGACCAGAGCCGUCCGGUCGAGUCGACCAAGUCGGGAUGCUGCUGAAAGGGAUUUUUAUUUUAAUUUUUCAUUCGUGGUUUAAGUGGCGAAAACUCAUCUUUUAAUUCUUUUUUUUGUACGGUAGUCGACGACAGUGCGCUACGUGUUAUAUUAGUAAAGUAUCCGUCUACAUGUAUAGUUAUAUUUCUUUGCAAGUUCAUAUCCAAAAUAAUUGAAAUAAAUAAAAAACA